GGUAUUCCACUUGAGAGAAAAAUUUUGAUAACGACUUUCUCUCGUGGAAUCUAUAUCAUGGUCAAAUAACAUCUUCAUUCAACAACUUCUACUUUCUCUUCCGGCACAGAUUCCUUUCCCUCUGCUUCAACCAUUCGUCGCCGGCAACCAUCUUCUUUUCUUCUCUGGUCAUCAUCAUCAUAUUUCAUGGCCUCAGAAGUCAGAACCAUCAAAUCUCAUCCAAGCUUUCACCUUUCCCCUCAUCUCCGAAUUCUGCUUCCAUUUUCGAUUUUUCCUCUCAUCUUCGAUCUUUGAUUCAUGGUCACCGGAGAAGGCCAGAGGUGAGUGAAUGUCAAAAACAGUGAGGAUGUGCCCAGAUCUGCAGAUCGGUGAUGGUGGUGCUGACGACGCGCAAAUAGCUGCAAAAUCAAGAAAUUCCGGACUCACCCGACUCCCACCUGAGUUCUUGAUUUGUAACCUUCAAGUUUGAUUUGUUCUUCAGCGAAUCUGGCCUCUUAUCAACUUUGAUAUGAGGCUGGUUCUUAUUUAUCAGGGCCCAAAUCUCUGUCCAGAGGCAGGGAAGGAGCAGAUCCAAUUGGGUAAGGUUUCAGGGGGUCUCGGCCUGAUUUUAAGGGAUGGAGUAGUCCGUGAUUUGGGUCAUUUUUUAGGGUUUGAUUCUUGAUAUAAAUGGUAGUCUUCGGGAUAGAAAGGGGGGGUUUCUUUUUGAAAAAAAAAAAAAUCUCUGGAGAUCUGAUGGAGGAUUUGAUUCUGGCUGGAGGUGGUGACUACGCCGGAGCAACAGAGUGGAGACUACUUUUCUGGAGAUAGGUAUAGAUCUGAAACAGAAGAGUUUUUGCGGUAGCAGUGAGGAGAAAGAUCCGGGGACUAUCCAGUGGGUGGGGUACCCCGGAUCGAACUCCGAUCGGCGACCCAAAAAUUCCGCCAUUUACCUUUUUUUUUUUUUAAUCUGUAAUUUUUGCUAUUGUUCUUGAGCGGAAAUGAUGUGGAAUGCUUGUGAAGACAAUGAAUAUUUCAUGCAUUUUUUGGUUUGGGUUCUAUUUUCAUUGUUAAAAUUGCUCUCUUGUUCGGUUGCAGUUUGUCAUUUUCUGUUUAAUUUAGCCGAAUGAAGCCCUGGUUUUUCA